AUGGAAGUGUACGAGUUCAAGAAAACAUUCCUCACGCGCCUGCUCGAAACGACCAAUGUGCUUAACGGUGGUGGUACUAACAUUCCGGCAUCCGCGAUACGGGCGGAGUGGACCAAUUUCGUGGAAGUUGCCGUCGAACCGACGGGCUGGCAAGCGCUUUGGAAGGCAUCGCGUCCGGUAUGCGAACAACUGUCCGUGAAGUAUCCGCUCGUCGUGCUCGGUACGGUCGAUCAGGUGCUGUUCGACGAACUGAAGGCAAGCUUUAUCAUCGAAGCGAUCCAGGACGAUGAUGUGCAAUUACCCGAACCCCAGCUCAUCGUCGAUCUGGACGAGCUGUGGCCGCUGCGGGAACAAAAUUUCGCCGAACUAAACGUCAACAUUACGGCUGAGUGUAUUGAUAAGCUGCGGUUUUUCUACCAACAUCUCUGGAUGCCGUGGGACAACGAUGGAGAGGACGAACAUAGCUGGAUCGAUAAGCAUCUGGAAUCGCGAAUACGGUUUUGCUAUGAUCUGAAGAAUAGGGCGAUGUCACGUCAGCUUUCAUCGCACGCAUUGGCCCUGCUCGCCGAAGCUCGGUACAUCCAGCGUAAGCGCGCCUUUAUAGAGCAGCAGCUGAACGCGGACGAGGAAGACGAAGAUCAUGAAUCGUCCAUUGUGCAGGAUAACCGGUCGUCCGAACUGUUGCAGCUUAAUUUGCGCAUGAAUACGAUCAAAAAUGAAAUCAACAUAUUGGAGAAUCCCGUCAUGCGGAGCGUUUUCGAGAAGGUCCGCUUCGGGGCAGGGAAGGUUAAGGGUGAAGCGUCCAUGUCGUACAUUGUCACACAGGCUGCACCCAUGGAUGAGCAGCUUACCUAUCUGCAGAGUGCCAAGGAGCUGUUGGACCCGAAGAUUUCGGUAAAAAUGUGUGACUCUCUGCAGCACGCGCUGGAUCAUUGUAGUCCCGACAGUGCGAUCUAUCUACCACCCGGCACUCGGCAAGAUAUUACGUUUCUCGAAUACCUUAACAGUGGUGGAUCGUUCCGGGGUGUGAGCAACACAGCGUUCGUGGACGAAUGCGAUCGGGCUACCAAGGAGAAUUCUACCAUCGUGUCCAAAAACGACGACAGUGUACUGUUGACGAUUGAUGGGGAUUUUACGCUGGAAAACAUCCGCCUCGAUUGUUCGAAUGUGCGCACCGGUGUGGUAAUCAACAAGGGUAACGUCACCUUCCGGAACUGUUGCUUCACGGGCGAUCCGAGUUCGAGCACUAAACAGGGCAUCGUGAUCUUCGGGAACUGUACCAUCACGUUCGAACGGUGUGUGAUAAAGGAAUUUUCGACCGGCAUCUACAGUAAUCACGAUUGCACGAUUAACCUGAUCAACACAACUAUUAGCCACUGUAUAACCGGGUUGGAGACACUUGAUCAGUGCCAAAUUCUAUUCCACUCGGCAAGCGUAACACACUGUUCGCAGUAUGGAGUGUUGCUGGAGGAUUUCAACGAUGAGGCCCAAAACAACGGUGCCGGUGCCGGGGAACCGAACGAAAGAAGUCGAUCGCAGGUGUUUGAAGAUUUCAAUACGAUCGAGCGAGAAGAGUUUACGUUCGAGGGAAGCUGUGAGUUUCGGGACAAUGCAAAGGGCAAUUUUGUCAUCCGUAAGGGCUUUAGUGAGCGGUUCAACAGUUCGUGCUUUGUCGAUGGAGAUGAAACCGAACAGCCAGAAGAGGACGAUGGCUUGGAAGAUUCGAUGUGCGACGUGACUAAUGUAAGUUUUUGUGCCAAUUAUCUUGAAGCAACUAAACUGUCCUCUACCAAGCAUAACAGCCGUUCGGUGGAAAUUUCGGACGGAAGUGAAAAGGACGCACAGUCCGCCAGCGAUACAGGGGUGUCUGGUUCAAUGAGUCAGUCAGAGGAAGAAUCAAGCGGGUAUGAUGGUGUAGAGAACAGCACGCUAGAUGUUAGAGAUGUUCAGCAUUCAUUAGAGGAAGUGAAGAAAGCUGGAAUUUCGGGUGAGCACAAUGAAACGAGGGAUGAUCACGAUGAUCAGGUCAUCGAAAUUGAUGAUACGAUUAUUGAGAUCGAUUAA